AUGAGCCUGGAGUGGAAUCAGGUGGCCAGUCUGGUCCACGGAAUCAGCCCGGUCCGGGAAGCAAUUGGAGACAUGGGCAGAGCGAAGAGGAAACCGAUAAGAUGGAGUAACCUGGUGGGCUGCAUCGCAGAACUAUCGGAGAGCGAGGAGAACCAGCGCUGCGACCAUGGAGAGAACGACUUCAGGCGUCAUGUCUCUCCCACUCGCAAGAAACUGGCCCAGCUGUAG